ACAUAACCGUUUAAUGUUUAUGUGCGUCAGGGCUUUAUAUACCGUUGCAAGUUAACUUAGCUGGCUAACUAGCGUGCUAUAUUUUAUACAAUGUUGUUAUUUAAUUAACGAUACACCACACGUUGUGGCAUAUGCUCAAUCUUGGCCAUUUUUUGAACGCACUGCAAUAAGUGGCGCUCGGUCAACGCUAGCGAUGAAUUGUGGACGUCACGAAGUUCGGAGGUGUCCUGUAGCAAUGGCGGCGGAGGCAGCUAGUGUUCCGCUAGCGAGGCAGCUUAGCAGGACGACAGGCCAUGUUUGUUUCACACAGCUAAAAAUGGGCUAGGACUAUAGCAUGAUAAGCACAGCUUAUAGCAACGCAGUGCUAGUGUCAGUUGAUAUUGAUGAUUUCAAGAAUCGCAUAUAGCCACAAAAGACGUCAAAUACAUGUUUAUUUAGUUUUUAAUUCGACGCCACAAAACAAAAACGCGUUAUGUAAGAAGGGGGGCGCCUUUCCCGGGCUUUCGCGAAUAGCGUACAUCUGUGAUUAGCCAUUAACUCGAGCGGUUUGCCGUAUGUCUUGAUAAUCUUGAGUUUUUAGAGCUAUUUUCCCAGCGAGCAAUAAAACGAAUCAAUUGAUAUGACCUGGUUUAUUUGCAUUUCCUCACAUUGCGCGUUGCAUCUGCGUGCUUGUAUUAGGGGCGGAAGCUAGUCGCGGCGGCCAUUUUACAGCUAGUUAGCUGUUCCAACCUCUGGCGGACAAGAUGCCCACCGUAAACUCGUUGUAUUUUAUAGAAGCUGUAGCGUCAGUCUCUACGUGACUGUGCGGCACUAAAAAGCGUAUGCAUGAUUAAAAAUUGACAAGUGGAGUUCCGCAUUUGAGGCAGUCUGUCAGCUUUUCAAUUCAGUAUCAUUUUAUGAUACAGCUAUAGUGCUAGUUAGCCAGCUAGUUAGCUGAAAAUGCAUGCUCAAGGAAGCUAACUAGCAGCUAUUUAGCCAGCUAACCUAGCCAACAGUGACAAACCAGCAGUAUGUCAGGCAGGACUGCUCCUGACUCAAGAACUGACUGAGCCUGCGGCAGGCACCCCUUCAAGUUUCUUUGCGGGAAAGCGGGGCUCGUAGAGCAACGCUAAGUUUCACUUAACCGGGAAGACGGAAGUCGUCAGGCUGGAGUGCGUCCUGAUGGCUGAGUCAGAGACUGACUGUGACACACCAGGUCUCGAUACAUUGGGAUCUGAGUGUGUCAUAGCCCAUACUCAAGUCGGUGACUUGCAUUAUGGAGCAGAGACUGAGAUUAUGACUCAAGAGGACAAAAGACUUGACCUGGAGGCCAUUCAUGGUGAUUUGGGGGCAGUGACCUGCGUGGAUGUGGUAACAGAGACGGACCAUGACUAUAUUAAAUCUGAAAUACACCACGAUCAUCAUCAGUAUUUCAGUAGCGCAGAAAUAAAAGGCAAUGAGCAUUUGCUCGGUGAGGUGCUGUUAAAGACAGAGAUGGGUGGUGGAGAACAUAUUGUAAAGGUGGAGUCUGACCAUGGAGGGGAGCUUACGGUGGAGUCAGAGAAUGGUGUUAUCAUCCACGAAGCCCAUGGCCUGCAAUGCAGUGAGUGUGGCGAGAUUUUUGACUGCAUGUCUGAUCUCCACGAACACUUUGAAAUCCACAAAGCCACUCACCCCUACAUUUGCGUCCACUGUGGUGAGAGCUUCGCUAUUGAAGCCAGCCUAAGAAGUCACAUGAGGAUUCACAUGAAAGAGAAAAGUUACACCACUGGUCUUGAGAUGGUUGGUAAAGGAGUCAUUGACGCAUUCAACUUGAAACCGCACCAGAUGAUGCACUCUCCUGAAAAGCCGCACAGAUGUUCAGAGUGUGGCAAGAGCUUCGCCGCUGCCAUCACUCUCCGGGAGCACAUGAAAAUGCAUUCGGAUGACAAACCCUACAAAUGCACCCAAUGCCGAAAAAGCUUUGUGCGCAGACGCCAUCUCAAGAAGCAUCAAGAGCUGCAUGCACACGACAAGCCAUUUACAUGUCUUCAGUGCGGUAAAGGCUUUACGACGGCUUCCAAUCUUAAACAGCACCAGAAGACUCAUGCUGGUGAAAAGCCACACAGAUGCACCCAGUGUGGAAAGUGUUUUGCCGCAGCGGCUACGUUGAGAGAGCAUCAGAGAAUCCACUCAGGGGAGAAGCCCUACAAGUGCACCCAGUGUCGAAAGAGCUUUGUCAGGAAACGCCACCUCAAGAAGCAUCAGCUGGUCCAUCAGGGUGGAAAGCCCUACCGGUGUUCUCAGUGCGACAAGGGUUUCAACCAUUCCUCUUCCUUGUCAAGACACCACAAGGUCCACCUGGAGGCCAAGAUGUAUGCCCAGGGCGACAAGGAUUUCCCCUUCGAUACUACAAUGAAGAGGGGAAUGCAUACAGGUGAAAAGCCAUACAGCUGCAACCAUUGUGAGAAGAGCUUCAAUCACUCGUCGUCGCUAUCCAGGCACCAGAGAACUCAUUCUGAUGGAAAGUCCUACACCUGUGCUCAAUGUGGGAAGAGGUUCAAUCAUCCCUCAUCUCUCGCAAGACACCAACGGGUUCAUUUGGAGGAUAAGUCGACUUACAGUGCUAUUGCGACAGGAAAGGGAUUCCCCCACACUACCAUCUUGAAACAGAGAAUCCUUCAGAGUGAAAAACCAUAUAGGUGCGCUCAGUGUGGAAAGGGUUUCAAUCAUUCGUCCUCUCUGUCUAGGCAUCACAGAAUUCAUAUUGACCAAUAAGCUUGUUUUCCUUUCCACCACAAGUGGUGCGCUACCAUUCAUCCCAUGAUUCAGGCCAGCUUGUAAUGUUAAAGGGUUUGGCAAAAGAUGCACGAAAAUCCAGAAAGUCGGUGUGGACCUGCUCUGAGGGAACUUGUUCUAAAAUCAAGUCCUAUGACUUUUUAAAGAGGAUUGAAUUUCAAUUUGGUAUGAUUGACACUGAAAACCCCUGUGUAAUGUGCUCAUAACUAGAUACAUAUGUAAUUCUGGAACUUGGUGUUUGAUUAAAACCAUAGACAAAACAUAUUGAGAUUCCAUCAUCACUGACUUGUGCUUUAAGCUGGUUUUGGAAGUUUAUGGAAGCCUGGCACAAUCUUGAAACUGAGUAUUAGGUCAAGUCGGUUGAGUGGCAGACAUUUAAGCAAAUAGUCUAGAUGCAACGAUUCACUCCCCUAGUCUGUAUCUUUUAACCAUCUCUGCAUCAUUAAUGGGUUGAGAAACUGAUAUCGUGUAAAUAUAUGUUGAAUUUCUUUUAUAUAGAUAUGUAUAGGUAAGUAGUGCUGAUUUCUGAAAAUGGAGCAUAUUUGAUGUAUGAUCCAGUUAAGUCUUAUCCAUCUCUUGUCAGUGAAGUGGGAUGGUGCUUUCAGGGGAUGUCACUAGUUUUAAACAAGCUUUCAAAAUAUAAGGCUAUGUUAAUCAAACCCCUUAUGAUGCAAACCAAUGGAGUCUGUAACCUAACAGCAUAUUAACUUGACUAACUCCCUGACGUUUGCUCAUGAGAGCAGCACAAAGGUGAGGGGCAAGAAAUCUAAUCUUCUACAUUGGGUCGAGAAAAAUAGAUCUUGUUCAUAAAGGGUCACUGCAACAAAAUCAGAUAAUAUGUACAUUUUUCUUUUGGGAAAUUUGGUUCACCUUUCGUGGUGCCAGUUUUCAAUGGACAACUGAAUUAAAUAACUGAUUUUGUUAUACAAAGCAAACUUGGUACAGCCAAAGUGUUCCCCUAAAUGUCUUUAGUGCUUCUCCCUGCUACCAGUGGCUGACUGUGAGUUUAAGAUUUUCUCGGCCAUUGAUAAAAUCAGACGGCAGUGUAUAGAAUAUCAACAUUUAAUAAUAAUAAUAAUAGAUUGUGUAUACUUUAAUGCAAAUACAAAAUAUAGCUUGCUUUUUGUUUUUUUUAAAUAGUUUUUUUUCUUCUCACCUUAAUCCAUGGGUUUGUGCUUUCUAUUUACAUUUCUGUGUAUGGAGAAAAUCUUUUACAAAUGGAUGUAUUUUUUUAAAAAGGUUUGGGUAAUUGAAAGGGAAAUGAAAGGAAUACUGUUUUUAUGGGAGUGAACAUUGUAUCGGAACUAUUCUUUCUUUUCCAUUGAAUAACAAUUCUGCUUCAUCACGUAGCAUAGGUUUAUUCAUUGUGUUAGUUAGGUGCCUUAUUGCAUGCCGUGUAGAAAUGUAUGCUGAGCUAUAAUAGAAAAAAUAAGGUUUUGGCUCCUGCUCCCUUUUUGUUUCUUUACAUACUAAUCAAUGUUUUAAUUUGAUUUUUUUUUUUUUUUUUUUUUUUUUUUUUUUUUGCUUCUCUGUACAUGAAUGUUUACACUGUUACUUAUGUCUUUUAAUUUACUGUCAACAAACCUCUUCAUAGAUUAGAGGUUAAAGAAAGUUACAAUGCCAUUGAUCCAUAUGUUGAUUACCCUCUAUAAUGGUCAAUUCUUGUCCCAUUUGUCUAUUCCCCCAUCUUUGAGUGGCUCACAUAUAUGGAUAAAUAAAGGUUGUUGACUAUCAA